AUGCGGUUGCCAUGGGUAUCAGCGGCGCUGUAUAGUGCACUCACUUGGACUGCUUCGGCGGCAGCCCCCGAUGAGGAUGAUAUCAAGACGGUGACGCCUUACCUCGACUCCGACAUGAGCAGCCGAUGGUUUGACUUUGGCGGAGACACGAUUAUCCGAACAGACUCGUACGUUCGGCUGUCGUCGGAUCGGCCGUCGCAGUCCGGAUGGCUGUUCUCGCGCGUGCCCCUGACGGCGACCAACUGGCAGGUGGAGGUGGAGUUCAAGGUCACAGGAAAGAACCAGCUGUACGGAGACGGCAUGGCCAUGUGGGUGACUCGGCAGCGCGGGCAGCUGGGAGACGUGUUCGGGCACACGGACAGGUUCGAGGGUCUGGGCAUCUUCAUCGACACGUAUAAGAACAACCGGCCGGGCGUGGUGUUCCCGUACGUCAUGGCCAUGUUUGGCGACGGCCAGACAUCGUACGACAAGAACACGGACGGCAAGUCGACGGAGCUGGCGGGCUGCUCGGCCAGGGGCAUCCGCAACGCCAACCGGCCGACCAGGAUGCGCGUCACCUACUUCCAGGACAAGCAGCUCAAGCUGGAGCUGCAGUACAAGAAGGAAAACGAGUGGCAGCUCUGCUUCGACAUCGACAACCCACCGGCCAUCCCCAACAUUGCCUACCUGGGCUUCAGCGCCGAGACUGGCGAGCUGAGCGAUAACCACGACAUCAUCUCGGUCAAGUCCAAGAACCUGUACAUGAGCCCGGCGAGCAGCGCCGGCGCCGCCAACAAGGCCAAGAACCGCACCAAGAACCGCAAGCCCCUGGCUAAGAAGGGUGGCAGCUGGUCCUGGUUCUUCUUCAAGAUUGUCAUCUUCUGUCUGCUCGUGGCUGGUGGAUACGUCGGGUACACUGCCUACCGUGCCAGGACCAGGUCUCACCGUUUCUAA